CUUUAAGAUGUCAGAACAGAGGAAGCGUUCGUUGUCUACCUCGGGUGAAACAUUAUAUGAAAUUCUCGGAUUGCAAAAAGGUGCAACUCCCGAUGACAUUAAGAAAUCUUACAGGUGUGUGCUGCAUUUACAUACAUAUUGUGUAUGUUUUUUCAUAAAGUUGAAGAAUGAGACAUUUUAUACAAUUUUCUAGAUGAAGAAUGGAUUGCCAAGCUAAUACUAUGUACAUAAAAUGGGUUAUUGUUACAAGAAGGGAAGAAUCACUUACUUCUACAAUCACACAUUAAACAUUUCAAAAUAUUCUUUUUUUUCCAUUUAGAACAAACAUAUUAUGCAAUGCUGUACAAUAGGUACAUAUAAUCAUUCAAGAAAUGGUGACAAAAAAGCUAUAUACAUGCAGUUACAAGAAAAAGUAUGUGAACCCUUUGGAAUGAUAUGGAUUUCUGCACAAAUUGGUCAUAAAAUGUGAUCUGAUCUCAACGUUUGGUUGAAGUUGUUGCUGCCAAAGGAGGUUCAACCAGUUAUUAAAUCCAAGGGUUCACAUACAUUUUCCACCUGCUCUGUGACUGUUUACAUGGUGUGUUCAAUAAAAACAUGGCAACAUUUCAUUCUUUGUGCGUUAUUAGUAUAAGCAGACUGUGAUUGUCUAUUGUUGUGACUUAGAUGAUGAUCAGAUCACAUUUUAUGACCAAUUUGUGCAGAAAUCCAUAUCAUUCCAAAGGGUUCACAUACUUUUUCUUGCAACUGUAUACACAUACACUGAUGCAGAUAAACACACUCUCAGGCACACACAGACAGACAUAUAUAAACUUUUUCUGAGAAACAGCAUUGUUUAUAUUUUGCAGUUUGUAGCGGAUGGCACUGGGCUGUCCUGCAAAUGUCCUUGAAAUAAUUGCAUUCGUGUGAUCUGCUAAGUUUCUAUGUGUUUUAAAAGCCUUGUAUUCUUCUGGUUGUUCGGUAGUUUCAUUCCCUUAGUUUAUUCGAAUGAAAAUACCGAACAACCAGACCUCCCCUGUGUGAAGUGUGUCCUCAAUUACCCGUUGCAACAUUGUUGUGAACGGGUAAUUGACUAGGAAGUAGCCUUCCUUUGUUCUCGGGGUGGCCAUUCGACAAAACGAACACGCCUUGAUAAACUUGGGAAUUCAUUUUUCCUUCGAUGAUAGCAAUCCGUCCAGGCCCUGACGCAGCAAAGCAGCCCCAAACCAUGAUGCCCCCACCACCAUACUUCACAGUUGGGAUGAGGUUUUGAUGUUGGUGUGCUGUCCCUUUUUUUCCGCCACAAAUAGUGUUGUGUGUUUCUUCCAAACAACUCAACUUUGGUUUCAUAGAAUAUUUUGCCAGUACUGCUGUGGAACAUCCAGGUGCUCUUGUGCAAACUGUAAAGGUGCAGCAAUGUUUUGUUUGGACAGCAGUGGCUUCCUCUGUGGUAUCCUUCCAUGAAAUCCAUUCUUGUUUAUUGUUUUACGUAUUGUAGAUUCGCUAACAGGGAUGUUAGCAUUUGCCAGUGACUUUUGUAAGUCUUUAGCUGACACUCUAGGAUUCUUCUUCACCUCAUUGAGCAGUCUGUGCUGUGCUCUUGCAGUCAUCUUUACAGGACGGCCACUUCUAGGGAGAGUAGCAGCAGUGCUGAACUUUCUCCAUUUAUAGACAAUUUGUCUUACCAUGGACUGAUGAACAGCACGGCUUUAGGAGAUACUUUUAUAACCCUUUCCAGCUUUAUGCAAGGCAACAAUUCUUAAUCAUGGGUCUUCUGAGAGCUCCUUUGUGCGAGGCAUCAUUCACAUCAGGCAAUGCUUCUUGUGAAAAGCAAACCCAGAACUGGUGUGUGUUUUUUAUAGGGCAGGGCAGCUGUAACCAACACCUCCAAUCUCAUCUCAUUGAUUGGACUCCAGUUGGCUGACAUCUCACUCCAAUUAGCUCUUGGAGAUGUUAUUAGUCUAGGGGUUAACAUACUUUUUCCACCUGCACUGUGAAUGUUUACAUGGUGUGUUCAAUAAAAACAUGGCAACAUUUCAUUCUUUGUGUGUUAUUAGUUUAAGCAGACUGUGAUUGUCUAUUGUUGUGACUUAGAUGAUGAUGAUCAGAUCUCAUUUUAUGACCAAUUUGUGCAGAAAUCCAUAUCAUUACAAAGGGUUCACAUACUUUUUCUUGCAACUGUAUGUGCAUAUAUUUCAGCAUUUGAAUUUCACCACUACAUACAAAUACCCUCCUGCAUUCAAACAUCAACACUACUUACAAACACACUCCUGCAUUCAAACACCAACACUACAUACAAAUACAUCUCUAUAUUAAACACCAAAAUUAUAUAUAAAAACACCCGUGCAUUAAAAAAACAAAACUACACAUAAAUGCAUGCUUGCAUUCAAACACCAACACUACAUAUAAACACACACAUCCCUACAUUCACACACACAUACUCCAUAUAACAACAUGCUUACAUUCAAACACAUAAACACUGCUCAGUGGUAAAUACAACCCUCCAAGCAUGGGGAAAUGGUAGAUUCCCAGUUGUCAAAGCAUUGUGUGAGAUGUGCGGCGGAUGGGUAUCUACCCUUUGGCCACCCUUGCGAUUGUGGGAGAUGUAGUCUACAGCAUCUGCAGUCCCAAAGGUUGCCUACCCCGACCUAUAACAUAGAGGAACACAUGGUCAGUGAUUAUUUGAAUGCAGUAUUGCUUGUGCGUCUGAAUGCUUCAAUUUUACUGGAAGUAGAAUGUGUUGAUCACAAAUAUAUACACAGCUUGCUGGUAAAAGAAGGGAGGGGAAGAACAGAGAGCGGGUCAAGUAGGGAUUCAAGAAAGCACAGGUAAAGAAUUUAAAAAACAGACAUGUCUGGAAGUUGGAACACAUAUGAAAUAAAUCUCAAUUUUGGACAUUACCCAUGGUUAUAUGAUUGAAAAGCCAGAUACAUAGUUACACCAUGAAAAGAGGAACCCCAGGUAGAACAUUUAUAUCUAAAUCUAGGUGUUAAAUCAAUGAGAAUACUGCAUCAAUAAUGUAAAAGAUUCAAAGAUGUAUGUUAAAAAGGGCAGAGCGAUACGCAUUCAUAUAAAUAUAUAAUAUACAUAUACAGAUAUAUGCCACUUGAUAAAUGCUUCAAAAAGAUGAAACAAGCUGACAUCUCUAAAAUUUUCAUUGGUGCAAAAUAUCAUCAGACUAUCAAACAGCAUUCUAUUUAAACUUGUCCAGACCACCAGUGUAUUAUUCUGGAAUAAUAUAUAACUGAUGUGCGGCAUUACUCCAAUAAUAGCAUUAUGACUGCGCACGCAGGUAUAAUUGAGUUGUUAAGGAAUUAUCAUGGUCAUUAAGGGUAGUCUCAAUGACUGUCAGAAAAUUAAUUACCCAUAAUUGUAUUCUGUAAUGUGAGUCAUAAAUAAACGUACAAAGCUUCAAAAGCAGGAUUUUGCAUUGUCUGCAUUACCAUCAACAACUUUUGUGAGCUAAUUGGAGAUAAUGAAGUUGGAUUUUAGUUGCUUGAUCUUCUUAUACAUAAAUUCUGAAUUGCCAGUAAUAUGGGAAUGUCAUAUUAUAGUACUAUAUACCAGAGGCAGAUUUGUACAAUAUAAUGGAAGAGCCACAGCCGUCUUAACUGUAAGACGACCCUAGGCGACUGCCUAGGCCACAGAAGUGAGACACGGACCACAAAACCAUGAAUUUACUUGGCCCCAUUAACCGCCCCUAUGUAAAGAAUGGGCAGAGGGGACUGGAGACCAUCCUUAAUCCUUCUCUGGGAAGAACUAUUAAACAUGUUACUAUAAAACACUGCAGUGCCCUGGUGGAGUUAACCUCUGUCUUGACUCCACUUCGCUUGUGUUAGUCUUUGAUGGACACUACUGCUUUCUAUUAAAGCUAGCAAUGCCUCGUUCAAAGCUGUUUAAGGUGUUAUCUCUGCCACUAGGUGGCACUGCAAGAAAGACCCUUAAUAUAUUAUGUAUUAGUAUUAGUAUAUUAAAUGUGCAACAGAUUACGGGCAAAGUUUACAGAGAGGGGCAGGAUCAAAUUACAGGAUUGGAGCCUAGCAUCUCACCAUCAGACAACUUCACCAGCCGUCACUGAUAAUAAUGAGACAGUUAUGUUUUAAAUUCUUCUGUUCUCUGCAGCAGGUGGACCACACAGCCUCAAACUCUAUUUGCGCUAUAGUGGUUAUGGUGUCAGGAGUGCACUGGGCAACUCCGCUGAUUAUAAGUAGUCAAACCAUUUAAGAACAUUUUACUUCUUACCUAUCAGGUGUUGCUCCCUAUCUCCACUACUUUAGCUGGGAAAGCUGCAGAGCUUCUAUUAACUCUUCUAAGCUACACCCUGCAGUGUAGGUCAGGAUUGUGGACUGUGGACUAAGCUCAGACAGAGAGCUAUUGUUUUUCUGGCUGACGUAGUGGAGAGGAAACAACCUGGCUACCCCAGGUAAGAAUUCAAACUGUUCUAAAAUAGUUUGAUUACUUACAAUGGAGGUUAUGGUGCUGUAGUGGUUAUGGUACUUUGAGUGUUUUUUUGUUUUUUUUCUGUUCAGUAGAUCAAAUCAGAUUAGAAUCUCUUCAUAAAUGAUUGUUAAUAUAUGAGGAAAAACUUCUACAAUGGAAUUUCAAGAUGGGAACAAUAUGGAUAAUUAUAUCAUGUAUAUCAUAUAUAUGUUAAAAGACCCCUAAAGUGCUAGGAAUACAAACCCUAACUAUGUAGAUAUCUGUACCCCGAUGUGAAGUAAAAAAAUAAUUUUACUUGCCUUUUAGCCCUUGUCGCUUUAGUCUCUGCGCUAUCACUCUACCUAACUGGCUGAGAUUGUCAAGAGGGUCUCAGCCAAUCCAAUACUUCCACUGAGAGGCUAGUGCGUAUAUAUGACAAAAUCCUGCGCUGCGCCAAUCAGAUCUAUUAAGAACAGAGUCUUGUGGCUGUCAGGGUUCAAACGGUUGGGGCACUGCACCCAGACCACGUCAUACUCCAGGCCAGUUACAUUUUAUCCUUUUGAUAUCCUUUGCAGAGAGAGCAAUCUAUGUAAAGUGUGCUAUGUCCACUAGGGAUAAUGGGUUUUAUGGAAUAACCAGUUUUGCGAAUGAUAUCUUAAGUGAUUUUUCGUAAAGAAUGUAUCUAUUAAAACGGACUGCUAUCUACUUACUAAAUGCGUCUUAUGAGAAAGCUUCACAAAACACAAUGGACAGUAGUAUAAAAAUCUACCUGUCUCUCUGUCAAUCUAUACCUAUCUCUAUCUACAUGAACAUAUAUGUCUUUGUAAAUUAAGGAGAGAUCCUCUGCAUGCAAAUCUAAGAUUUUAAAUCGGCCUAAUUAGCUAAUUCAUAUUCUAUAGUCGCUGAAUACACUAAUGUCUAAUAAGAAUGUAAAUGAAAAAAUGCUAAAUUAAACUUCUCCAUACAACAAAUCCACUGGGUGCAUGAACAGGACUUUCAUCAUUUUCUAUUAUUUUCUAUCUUGACAACGUAGAAAUAAUUUGUUAAAGUGUGACUGAUUAUUCCUGUAAAUUUGUUAGGACCACAGUGUAAAUCAGCAUAUCAAAUGAGGCUUAAACAGAUGGCAUUUUGUCGCUAGCAGAAAUUAAAUAGCCAUGGAGAUAUCACAGUAAAUGUGGAGCAGCAAACUUGGUUCUAACCUUGGCUUUAUAUUUGUAUUUACCUUUUUGAGAAAAUACGAGUAAUUUAGAACAUUUGCAAUCACCAUUAUUGUAUGCUUGCAUGCUAAUUAAAGGAACACUCCAAGAACCAAAACCACUAUCGCACUGGUGCCCAAUCAGAGCGCUGUGACAGUCAAGUGUUACUUCUCUCAAGACUUUGCAAUAGCUGUUGUAGCAUUGAAAAGCAAAUAUAAGCGUUUUCCUCGCUAUAAUUGCUCAUUCUGUGGCGAGCCCUCCAUGUAUGAAGAUUUUUUUUUUUUGCGACUUGUUUUUCUUUUUCUUUUGCGAUCAGGCCUUGUUUUUUAUUUUAUUUUUACUUAUUGGUGUCGGGAAUUAUAGAUAUUUAUUCGGUCAUUUUUGGUGCUGAAGAACAGAAGAAUUAGAAGAAAGAGGACUCUUGAUGAUAACUAUCAUUUUGUUUUUCUGGUUUUAGAAUUUUUUUUUGGCCCCCUCUUUACUAUCAUUAAGGUGAGGGUGGUAGGUAGGGACUUUAUUUUAGGGGGGUUGCUGGGGGAUUGGGAACCACUAGCCAUUUGUAGGGUUGCUAUUAUUGGGAGGGUGGACAAUGGCAUGUUUACCUCUAUUUUAUCAUUAAUCAGGGCUCCAACUCGCCGCAUGAGUGGCGAACAGAGGAGGGGACAAUAGAUCCCCCUCUUUAUUAUAAGUGUUAGGGCCCCCGCCCACCGACAUAUUUACGGGGCCAUGGGAGGGGACAAUAGAUCCCUCGCCAUAAAAUUUCAAGAAGCCCCCACGUGAUGUCCAUGGUGGAGUCACGCGGAGAUUAUAUCCCCCCCAUUAUUUCUCAAGUCCAAGUCCCAUGAGGCCUUUUCUAGUAACUGAGCAGCAAUGGCUGCCCAGUCACUAGUUUUAAUGUUUAUUAUACAUGCAGUGGUGGAACUAAUGUAAAGAGGGCACUGCAAGAAAUUGUUUUGGGCUUUUGGGCCUCUCCCUAGCAAAAGGGUGGCCAUUAGGUAGAUCCCCAUCAGUCAUACAACCCCCUUGAUGCUAUGCCAAGUAGAGAUCUACUAGAUGGCCAUCCUUGCAGGGUUUAUUUGUGACCAAUGUUUCUGUGUUUGAAUGUAAGCAUAUUUUUGAUUGGCGUAUGUGUGCAUGUAGGGGUUUAUUUGUAAGUACUGUUACCAUUGAAAUGCAGUGUAGUGUUUGCGUUUGAAUGCAGAGGUGUAUUUGUAUGUAAUGUUGGCUUUUAAAUGUAGGUGUACAUUUGCGUGUAGGGUUAGUGUGUGAAUGAAGGGGUAUUUGCAUAUUUUGCAAGUUUUAAUACCAGGGUGUGUUUGUAUGUAAUGCUUCCAUUUGCAGGCGUGUGUUUGAAUGUUGUGUUGGUGUUUGAUUGCUGGGAUGUAUGCAUAUACACACAUACACUGCCACAUAUAUACAUACACAGAUAUACAUACACAUUUACAGAUGCACAGAUACAUACAUAUAAAUACACUGACACACAGUCAAAUGCACACUGACACAUACACAUAGAUACACACACUUAAACAUACACACACGCUGACACACACAAACACACUUACAUAUACAAACACCCUGAUACACAGAUACACACACCGAUACAAACAAAUAGAUACACACACACAAAUAUGUCAGCAUUUUUAUACAUUUAGCCACCCUCCUGUUAACAUACCUUUUAUGUGCAGGAGGGUGGCUUGCCUAGGGUCCCGCUGCUGGCUGAGUCUGAUGGGAGUGUGGGUCUGGGUCUUUCAUUGUCUCUCCACCUCCUUUUGUGCUGCCUCCUCCUGCUCCUCCUGAGCCUCAACUCCCUCUUGCACGACUGUUCUUGUAGCUGGAAGGAAGUGACCUGAACUUACUUUCUCCCAAGCUGCCGAUACUACAGAUGCCUAGUUGCGCUGUUAAAGAACAGCGGCACCUGACCGGGCCCUUGUUAAGCAAUGCCCAUCGGGUGACCCUAAGUAUCAAGCAAAGCAAGUAAAUAAUAAUUUGCAAACGUGCAUCCUGCCGGAUGCAUUCGUUUAUCAUCAGCCACCAUACGUACGUUGAUAAAUUCCAGUGCUGUAAAUUGGUUCAGAUGCAGAAAUUAGGGAUAGCCGUAAUUUUCCGAACUCAUCUGAAUUACUGACCGAAUCCUGACUGCAUUUGGCUUUAGUAAAUCUGAGAGGUCACAUCUAACCUUUUUCUGGCCUAAAAUUUGGAAUGAACUUGAAUUCACUUUGAAAUCCUGGUAAUUCUUACGUUACAGGGUUGUUUACUAACGUGAGAGUUGUUGGGAAUUCAAAGUGACUGAAAGCAAAGCAUAGCUGCCUUGCAGAAUGUUUCCAGUUCCGCUGUUUUGAAAAUGUUACAAUCUAUUUUAUUUGGUGCUAACUCAAAGUGGUCCCGUACCAAAUGCAGGACCAGUAAUUUCAUCGUAGUACAAUGCAGCUGUCUGUAAUUGAAUAAGCUGACAGUAGUUCUAGUUAACCCUUUUUAUACACAAGGUAGAAGGACCAGCCAGAAGAACCGAUAUAGCCGUUUUAUUAGACUAUCCAUUGUGGUUUAGAACAAGGAUUUUCUUCACUGUGUUAAGUGCAAGAUGUCUGUUAAUUUUUCUCUACACAUCAUAUUGUUCACUCCUUCUUUAGAGAUCAUACUGUUCAGACAUCACCUGGUAAAUGAUCUGGUCAUUGCAGGAAAGGCAGGACACUCGGAUGUCUGAUUGAAAAACAAAUUGAAUUCUCCUUAGAAGGAAUUUCUUAUAUAAAUGCAAAUUUCAAUUACUAUUAUGGAAUAAUAACCGGAAACUAUCAGAAUAAAGAAACAGCACUCACAAAAAAAUAAUCAAAAAGCUAUUUCAUUUAAGUAUUUUUUAAGUCUGCCUUGGCAUUACAUAACAAUCCUGUAAUGGAUUUAUUCACUAAACAGGGAGUUGCAGUGAGCAGACAACUAAACUACAAAAUGUAUUUCAUUGUAAAAAAGAAUAUCCAACUCACCAAAGCAAACCGUUUUUAUAGGAGGUUAUUUUUCCAAGUUGGAUUUUCAUAGCUCAUAGACUCCAUGGCCAACAGCAGAGCCUUCUUUAAACCCUUAACGAGGUUAGGACGUGUCAUUAGGUCCUAACUAUAAUGGUCUUAUAUCCCUGCUCACACCAGGAAGCCCCAGGGAUACAGACUGCCCACUGACGGGGUGUUCGGCACUAGGCCUAAUGAGAGGCAUCUGUCUGAGGCAGCGGGGCCUAGUGCUGAAGACCCAGCCUAUCUACAGUGCACCUGGGAGGUCUGCACCCCACCCAGAAUAGGCCCUGGCCCCAGGUAUCCAUUGAUACCUGGGGCUUGCUGGUGUGAACCCUCCUCUCUUUGUAAGGGCCAGACUUUUAGAUGAGCUGUUUGCAAUGCUGGCUUAAACCAUUAAAAUGUCUAUUAAAAAGAUGGCGGUGUGAACAGCUGUUCUCAUUUUUAUUAAAUCCACUGUUUAGUAGGUAGACACAAAAAAAAUAAGCAUUUAACAAAAAAAAAAUUGAUAUCCUACAGACACCAUGAGAUGAGAUUAUAAGGAUCUAGGCAAGGUCCUAUUUUUACCUGCCUUAAAAAAAAAAAAAACACCCCAAGCACAAUAACCACUAUAGUGCCUCCUAUUUUAAGUAGUAACAUGGUUUGACUUCUUACUUUUAUUGGGUGCCUUUUCAUCAUGAGAGCCGGAAGCUCCUGUUAGAGUGUCAGCUGAUCGUUUUAUGUCUUUCAGUCCUGUGUUCUUCAGUUCCCUUUCUCUCUCAGUACCCUAUUGUGCCUGUUAUCUCCAUGUUUUUAGCCCUCUUGUUUCUCACAUUCAGUUCUUGUGUCUGUUAAUUGAUACCCUUCCUGUGCUGUACUUCCUCAGCAGCACUUAGCAUAGCCCCCAUAGAGCCAUUUGUGUGUGACCUAACCAUAUCUGUGCUCCUCCAUCUCUGUUUUCCAGCCCCCAGCCUAAUUCUAUCAUUAACCCCACAACCACGUUUCAUCCUUCGGUUCCACUGUCACAUUCUGUCAGUCACUCCCAAAACCACAUUCCCUCCUGCAAACUCACGCCAAAUUCCGUACCUUAUACUCACACUCCUUCCCUGUCUCACAGCCACAUGCUUUUCCUCACUUCCAGAGGUAUAUUCCUUACCUUACUCAUCUCAACUAUCAACUAUACUUCUUGAGGUCCAGUUUAGCGUCUCAAAGAAACUGCAUAAAAGUAUUUGGCUUAAUGUACCAAAAUAUGAGCUUCCCAGUACCUUGGUAAAGGAGUUGCAUUCCCUUCUUUGCUCGGAAACAUGUUUUAUGAAUGUUACUGGUACAUUAUAUUUAUAUUGUCUUUGCAAAAACAAUCAAAUUGCUCUUUUUUGCAUUCUCUAAAUUCUCAGUUUAUGGUUGUGUAUUCAGGACUUCCAGUGUUGCUGCUUUCUCAGAUUAACAAUUUCCAAAUACUAUCCAGCGAAGUCAUGAAAAUUAACCUAUGUGUGGUUUAAAUUACAAUCCAGGUGGUUUUAAAUGGCUAUCUUACACAGGUAAUUAAUAAAUAAUCAAGUCUUGGUGGAUGAAAAGCAUUAUUGUUAUGUUUUUUUUUCCUGGCAGGACUUUACCCUGUCUGCACUUACUACGCUCAAGUUAAUUAUUUUAAGCUAAAACAAAGAAGUCAGGUUUUUAAAAAAACCAAAAAACGUUAUUUUUGAGCACAGGUAGAUGACAAAUAGAUAGACAUCACGUAUCAGUGCGCAAAGGUUAGCUCGUACAGGUCUUGAAUGAUGCAGCUAAACAAUCAAAGUAGGUGACCUAGUUGGUCACGUUACAUCUUUGUGACAGUAACCCUACAUCAGGUACAGUAUAUGUAGUUGUGUCAGUUGGUAUAUGGUGUAGCAGAGCGGGGUAGGUUCUUGGGCUGUUUACAUUUCGUAUAUGUAGGCUGUAUUAAUCACCCGCUGUAAGUAGGCUUGUACCUGCUCUUAGGCCCUCCCUGUGGUAGUGACUUUGCACAGUGUACCAUCUCCUGUCUCAAUUUUUGGGUUUAUCUAGGGAUGUGAAAGAGAAAAGAUAGAGGGAAGAUGAGGGGGGAGAGUUAAGUAGUAGGGGGGAGACAUCUGUGGGGGGGAAGCUGAGGGGGAAAGUGAGGGAGCAACUGAUCCUGCCUCUUCUCUUUAGUUGGGACCUACUCGUGGGGAACCUCUGUUUGCCUGAGGCCCCUUUUUUCCCAUUACCUUUGGGUUUUUAGCAUUUUAGAUAUUCCUCCCAGGAUUGCCAGACCUUUGUGAAUGCCGGCUCUGUGUUUUUAACCUGAGCUGUUAGUUUUUCCAUAAGGUAGUUAACUUUUAUUUUAAAAAUGACAUGGUCUAUGGUGGGUAUGGGGAUUUUGAGCCAAGAUUGGGCUAUUGCCCUUCUUGCUGCUAACGUGAUAUUGUUAUACAACUUUUGUUCUUUGGUGGUCAGGCCUGUUACCAGUCUGGAUAACAGAAGCAUCCAGGGCUCUACAUCUAUUUGUCUUUGCAUCAUUGCCGUAAGGAGGUCUCUGACUAGAGCCCAGAAACUAGCUAUUUUUGGGCAGGUCCACCACAUGUAUAAAAGUGCCUUUGUCAUAUGUGGUUGUUUUACCCAUGUGGAAAAGUUUAUCUCUUGUUGUGUACCACCUCAUGAGCAUUUUGUACGCUUUCUCCUGGAGUGUGACACAUAUAGAAAAUGUUUUGGCCGCCUCCCAGAUAUCCACCCAGUCUUCCACUUGUAGGGUUUGUGAUAGGUCUGCCUCCUAUUGGGCGAUGUAUCGAAGCUCGCCCAGGGGCGUACCUAGAGCAUUUUGCGCCCGGGGCGGGUCCUAUUUUUGUCACCUCCCCUCCGCCGCCCAACUUUAAAAUGUAAAAAACAACCACAAUUAAAAAAAAAUUAAAAAAAAUUUAUUUAGCACUAAGCAGUGUUUAUGCUUUUAAAUGUAAGCAUGUUUUUGUAUGGAGUAUGUUUGAGUGAAUGUAGGAUGUGUGUCUGUAUGUGGUGUUGGCGUUUGAAUGCAGGCAUGCAUUUUUAUGUAUUGUGGUGUUUGAAGGCAGUGGUGUGGUUAUAUAUAAUGGUGGAGUUUGUAUGUAGUGUUGACGUUGAAAUGCAGGGGUGUAUUUGUGUGUAGUGUUGGCGAGAUUCUGAGAUGUAUGCACAUAUACACAUACACACACUUAAAUACACACUGACUCACAUGCAGAUACUUAGACACAUAGGAACAAUAUAUAGGGGGUGGGCACAUAAGAUACCACAAUCCAAACUGGGGGUCACUAAAACUUUUCACUAGGGGAUGGGGUAAUGUGCUGCCAUUGGCUGCCUGAUGCCAGCAUGCAGUGCACAUUGGCAUCAGUGAACAAAUUUGCAUAUAGCACAUUAGCCACCCAGAUUUCUUGUUUGUGGCCUAGCUGACACCUCUUAACGUCGAUCUUUGUUUAUCAGAUAACUCCCUUAUUUGCUAUCCUUAUGUGGGAUUGCCAUAUUUAAGGACACCAAAUAAGGGUAAGGGAGCUAUCUGCUAAACAGCACCCUAAUUUGGUAUCUUUAAAUAUGGAAAUCGCACAUAAGGACACCAAUUUAGAGAAUUAUCAACAGCAAUUUAAAAAAAAAAAACAUUUUCUUAAUUUUAGUUGUUUAGUAGAUUAAUCCCUAAUUUGUUAUCCUUAUGUGGGAUUGCAAUAUUUAAGGACACCAAAUAAGGGAGCUAUGUACCAAACACAUACACAUUUAUAUACACACUCAAUAACACAAUAGGUGUCUGUCUGUGUGUGUAUAUCUGUGAUUGUGUGUGUGCGUGUGUAUGUGUGUGUGUAUAUAUAUAUACAUAUAUAUAUAUAUAUAUAUAUACACACAUACACACACACACACGAUCACAGAUAUACACACACAGAUAUAUAUAUAUAUAUAUAUAUAUAUGUAUACACACACACAC